UCCCACCGCUAUGGAAGGGGAGCAGGGCCAAGAGAGCCGCGCGACCCUCGGCCUCGCCCAGGCGCUCUUCCAGAAGGGCGAGCACGCCGAGGCCGAGACGCUGUACUCCGCGUACAUUCGCCAGUGCGCCUGCGCGGCCUCCGCCGGAGCGCCGGCCGGGAGCGAAUGCAGCCCUGAGGAUUUGGCUACUGCGUAUAACAACAGGGGGCAAAUCAAGUACUUCAGGGUUGACUUUUACGAAGCCAUGGAUGACUACACAUCUGCCAUAGAAGUCCGACCCGAGUUUGAAGUUCCGUAUUACAACAGAGGGUUGAUACUGUACAGACUGGGAUACUUUGAUGAUGCUUUGGAAGAUUUCAAGAAAGUAUUAGAGUUAAAUCCUGGAUUUCAAGACGCUAUUUUGAGCUUAAAGCAGACUAUGUUAGACAAAGAAGAAAAACAAAGAAGAAACUAUUGAAAAAUUAUCUUUGAAAUAUUAGUUCAUGAUUUUUACACCUGGCAUCUCAUUGUUCUAAUUAAAGUAGGUGUUGAGCUAUUUUGAUUUAUAUUUAAGAUAAAGAGGUUUAUACAUUAGCACUAAAAGUUAAAGAAUUGAUUUAAGGAAGUUAAUUUCCGAUUAAGUAUUUAUGUGGAAUGGGUAUGCUUUUCAUAAAGUAUA